AUGCUUCUUUCUUAUCUAUUCCUUGUUGUACUGUUUGUUGUUGCCUGGCAACCAUUUGGAGGUGCUCCUCAAGAUAUACUCCAUCUUAAAGAUUCCUCAAAAUGGGACUCUGAACAGGCCUUUUCAGACUUGAAGGAUUAUGUCGUGGAGGAGAAGUUCUCCCUUCUCAAGUUGCACCGUUCCUUGAUGGAAAUCGAGUCUAUCAGCGGUAACGAACAUGACGUUGCUAUUUUCUUAUCGGAGUACUUGAAGAAAACUGGCCUUACUGUGGAAUUGCAACAUGUGGAGAAAGAUAGGUACAAUGUCUACGCUUAUCCUGGUUCGCAAAGGAAUACCACCACGGUUAUCUCUUCUCAUACUGACGUUGUGCCUCCUUACAUUGGCUACUCUGUGGAUGGUACUAAGAUCCGUGGAAGAGGUGCUUGUGACGAUAAGGGUCCUCUUGCAGCGCAGGUAAUUGCAUUCUUGGAUUUGCUCUAUGAGGGAAAGAUCAAGGAAGGUGACGCUUCGCUUCUUUUCGUUGUUGGCGAAGAGAACACUGGAAUCGGUAUGGAGACGGCCAGUAAGUCUCUUGGUGUCAAUUGGGAGUACGCCAUCUUUGGUGAACCAACUGAAAACAAGCUAGGCGUGGGCCACAAGGGUAUAUUUAUCUUUGAUGUCGAGGUCAACGGUAAAGCUUCUCAUUCUGGGUACCCUGAGUUGGGUAUUUCUGCUACGGAAAUCUUGAUCCCACUUCUUCACAAGAUCCAGAACUUGGAGCUCCCAGUGUCUGAUCUUUUGGGUCCAUCUACGGUUAAUGUUGGCAAGAUCGAGGCUGGGGUCGCUGCAAACGUUGUUCCAGCUCAUGCUAAAGCCACUGUGGCUAUCAGAGUCGCUAGUGAUCUCGACGAAGUGAUCAGAUUGGUCCAUUCGGUGGUUGACGAUGUUGAGCACGUUGCCCCAGUGACCGGCAGAGCCACACAACCUCAGUAUCUCGACUUUAAAGUUCCAGGGUUCGAGUCAAUUGUUCUUGCUUACACCACUGACGUACCUAACCUUACUUUGCCCUUGAAGAGACGCUUCUUGUAUGGUCCAGGAACGAUCCAUGUUGCUCACAGUGACGACGAGCACGUCGAAAACAAGGACCUUUUGGAGUCAGUCAUUGGCUACAAGCGUCUUGUAGAGCACAUUUCCACCCUUUAA